CUCAGAGCAGCUGUGAGUCACUCUGGGAAUUGCAGUGAGCGGCAGGUGUCCCACCCUGCCUGGCCUGACGGAGCUACCUAGUGCGGGAGCCGAGGACUGGCCAGGCCGCAGGACAGGCCCUGCAGGAGCACUGGCCAGGAUGGUCCUCAGGACAGAGGAGGGGAGUGUCCCCAGCGACCUGACCCCAGAGGAGUGCCAGGAGCUGGAGAACAUCCGUCGCCGCAAGCAGGAGCUGCUGGCCGACAUACAGCGGCUGAGAGAUGAGAUAGCAGAGGUGACCAAUGAAAUUGAGAACCUGGGAUCCACGGAAGAGAGGAAAACCAUGCAGAGGAACAAGCAGGUGGCAAUGGGCAGGAAGAAGUUCAACAUGGACCCCAAAAAGGGGAUCCAGUUCCUGAUUGAGAACGACCUGCUGAAGAACACCUGCGAGGACAUCGCCCAGUUCCUCUACAAGGGGGAGGGGCUAAACAAGACGGCCAUUGGCGACUACCUGGGCGAGAGAGACGAGUUUAACAUCCAGGUCCUGCACGCCUUCGUGGAGCUGCAUGAAUUCACUGACCUCAACCUGGUGCAAGCGCUGCGGCAGUUCCUGUGGAGUUUCCGCCUGCCAGGCGAGGCGCAGAAGAUCGAUCGGAUGAUGGAGGCGUUUGCCCAGCGGUACUGUCAGUGCAAUCCAGGCGUCUUUCAGUCCACAGACACCUGCUACGUCCUCUCCUUUGCCAUCAUCAUGCUGAACACUAGCUUGCACAACCCCAACGUCAAGGACAAGCCCGCAGUGGAGCGCUUCAUCGCCAUGAACCGGGGCAUCAAUGAUGGGGGCGACCUGCCAGAGGAGCUGCUCAGGAAUCUCUAUGAGAGCAUAAAGAACGAGCCCUUCAAAAUCCCCGAGGACGACGGCAACGACCUCACCCACACCUUCUUCAACCCCGACCGCGAGGGCUGGCUGCUGAAACUUGGUGGCAGGGUGAAGACAUGGAAGAGACGCUGGUUCAUUCUGACUGACAACUGCCUUUACUAUUUCGAGUACACGACGGAUAAGGAGCCUCGUGGCAUCAUCCCCUUGGAGAACCUGAGCAUCCGCGAGGUGGAGGACUCCAAAAAGCCUAACUGCUUUGAGCUUUACAUCCCAGACAACAAAGACCAAGUGAUCAAGGCCUGUAAGACAGAGGCAGAUGGCCGGGUGGUGGAGGGGAACCACACGGUGUAUCGCAUCUCGGCCCCCACCCCCGAGGAGAAGGAAGAGUGGAUCAAGUGCAUCAAGGCAGCGAUCAGCAGGGACCCCUUCUAUGAGAUGCUGGCGGCGAGGAAGAAGAAAGUGUCCUCCAUGAAGAGACAUUAGCAGCCUGGGCCAGCCGAGCGAGGUUGGCGUUCUCAGGCGGCGAGAGGCUCCCCUCCCCUGGAGAUGGAGAGAGCAGGUUGCCAGGCAAGGGCCUCUCCUGCAGCCCAGCACAGCCUGAAUUCCCAGGGACUAGCUUCAGCUUUUGCAAUUUCUUUACCAUUGGGGGGUGGGCAGGUGUUUGGGGGUGGGGCUGGGAGUCCUAGGGCCACAGCGAUGAGUCUGCAGCUACGUGAGAUGAGCAGGAGCUUGGUGCUGGGAGCUCCCUUCUGGGCUCCCUUUCCAGGGAGCAGUCUUCAGGCCCUAGCCCAUGUCCCAAUGGCCUGGGGGAGAGGACCAGAGCCGCUGCAAGUGAGAUGCUUCACCUACAAGGAGCUCAAGGAGAAUUUGUCAGCAAUGCCGUCUCUACCCAGAUGGAGGCCCCUGAGGCCGGCCGCCAGGGCUGGGCGGGAAAUGUUGCCCAUGCUCUCUGGGGUGUGGAUGUGUAUGGGGGCCCAGGCAUCUGUACACACCUGUCGGCCUUGGGCAGCCUGUGUGGGGAGGGGCAGGGCAGAUGUGACGGGAGCUCUGGCGGACGUGCCAGCGAGGGGCUGGGGGCCCUGCCCAAGCCAGGGGCUGCCUCCUGCUUGACUGCUGUCUGCCCAUGCGUACCGUACACCCGCCUCUGCCAAUUCUCCGGGGGAGGGGGCUACAGCCUCUUGGCAUGGCCCCAGGGCUGGGGCCGCCUGGGCUGGGCUGGGCACUAGUUUUGAAGCACUUGGGGCGUGUUCCGUCUGUUACCGCUCAGUCGCUGCUGGGUCGUUCAGUAGCGGGCGUUUCUCUUGGGAGGGGGGUGGAAUCGCUGAGUGGGGAGGGUAGGAGCCACGGGAGCCAGCUGGUGAGCCUGACGUGAGCCAAGGGGAGCCUGUGUGCCUUGCCCACCCACCUACCCUCGUUCUAGAGGGCACUGGUCUGUCCUGGGCUCCUUUGGCGAGCCCAAUGAGUUCCGGAACACAUGGUCAGCUGGGCUCCUUAGAGAUGGGAGCAGACGGCCCAGAGGGUCUGGGAAGGGGAGGCCAAGGGUCCGAAAACCAUCAUUGCGCCCUCAUGUAGCCAUAGCUUCCACAGAUGCACAGUGCCAUGCGGCAGUGCCAAGCCAAUAGCAGGAAGCCUGCUGCCCUGGCCUUCCCCGGGGCCAGCCUAUUCCUAGAGCUGGCACCACGGGGCCUCGUGGGCUGUGAGCAGAGCUCAAUGAGCAGUCGAGGGUUCAGCGACAUGCCAGGCACACUGAAGCAGCAGGGCUGGG